CAAUCACAGUCGAGGGUUGAGAUUGCAGCCUUUAAACGGGCAAACAUGGCAACAGGAGGAGGAUCAGCACCUAAGCCACUGAGCCACAUUGCAUCGGUGGUGUAUAGUGUCAUUGGGUCAGACACCAGCAUAAUGGGCCUUGAGGGUGCAACUGAUCCGUCAAUGCAGCUGCUAAUGGAAAUAGAGGGGCCAAAUGGAAACCCAGGUCCUUCAGAUGCAAGUAAUUUUCCUCUUCCAGCACCUCUUCCUGCACCUCUUCCUCUUACUGCACCUCUUCCUCUUACUGCACCUCUUCCAGCUUCCUCUUCCACAAUCCCAUCACCUGCCUCUCCCCUCAGUCCUGCUGCUGGUGCAAAGCCAUCACCCCUGAAAGAAAAGAAGAUGAAAAUGGAAAUGCGUGUGUUAAAAAGGCAGAAAAGGGUUCUUGAUGCAAAAGUCUGA